AUGGGAGUGGCACUAUUGAUGGACGUGGUCAACCCUGGUGGGAUGCCUCUUGUGCUCGUCAUCCUCAAUUUAAGGUAUACUAAUAUUAUUGGUCUAGGUUGUUACGAUAGAAGGCCUACGACAUUGAAGUUCAGAUUUUGUACAAAAGUUAGAGUUUUAAACAUAUUGGUGAUUAAUAGUCCACAAGUUCAUGUACUUGUGUGGAAUAGUCAAAAUGUUGAAAUUAACAACUUGUCUAUAACCUCACCUCCUCUAAGUCCCAACACUGAUGGAAUUCACAUUGAAGCCUCUACUAAUAUCAUUGUUAUCCACUCACUUAUCAGAGCUGGUGAUGAUUGUAUAUCAAUUGGUGACCAGUCUUCCUUUAUUCAUGUCAGUAAUUUAUUAUGCGGACCUGGUCAUGGUAUAAGCAUUGGAAGUUUGGGCAUAGGAGGAAGUGUAGCCAAUGUACACAAUAUAGAUGUACAUGGUGCUCAUUUCUAUGGCACAACCAAUGGAGUUCGUAUUAAAACAUACCAGGCAACUGCAGUUCAUAUAGACAAUGUGACCUUUUCGAAUGCAAUUGGGACAUCAUCGACAGAAAUAGCAAUGAAUUUGAAUUGUAGCAAAUCAGUGCCUUGUACUAAUAUUAACUUUAAAGAAAUUCGAUUGACACCAUCAAAGCCAUUAAAGGUUAUACAGUCAAGUUGCAACAAUGCUCAAGGAACUACCACAGGAGUAGUCCAACCAGCUUCUUGUCUUCAUCCUUGA